UAGCCCAUGAAAGCUUAUGCUCAAAUAAAUUCGUUAGUCUCUAAGGUGCCACAAGUACUCCUGUUCUUUUUGUGGAUACAGACUAACAUGGCUGCUACUCUGAAACCUCUCAGGAUAAUGUAUUCCUGUGACUAAUAAUUACACCUGUACCCCAAUAUAAUGCUGUCCUUGGGAGCCAAAAAAUCUUACCGCAUUAUAGGUGAAACUGUAUUAUAUCGAACUUUCUUUGAUCCGCCAGAGCGUGCAGCCCUGCCCCCCGAAGCGCUGCUUUACCAUGUUAUAUCGGGUUGCGUUAUAUUGGGGUAGAGGUGUACUAUAAAAUCUUAACUAGAAAUAGAAACAUGGUAUGAGCUGGAACAGAAAUGGAGGGGACUACCUGAAGGAGCUGGACUGCUAUUUGAUUUAUGCAUAAUCAGCUGAAAGCCUUUUUCAUUAAAGAAGCACUUAUCAGAGCUGAUACAUAGAGAACAGAGCAGGCCUGGAUGUGAUGGAGCUAUAGAAGGGAACUGCAGUCGUUACUUUGCAACUUCAUUUCUUCAUCCAUGUCAUGCUCUAGUGUGGAUCUAAGGUACUGAUGUGACUUGAUGUGACAUUGCUUUUAUCCCCUUUAGAAUUUGAUUCGGUCCCAUUUUGGUUACUCCCUCCAACCCCCUGCCCAUUCUCCUCUAUACAUGCAAAAACUUUUUUUUAACUUUGUUUUUCUUUUGCAGGUAAACUUUAACCCUUUUCUUAUUUUAAAUCAGUGUAUAUCCCCAACCUUGACAUUAUCUAAAAAGUAGUUUUAGCACACUUGCUUUUAUUUAUAUGGAGUUUUUUUGGAGAUUGGCAUAAAUGAAUGAAAAGAGGUUUAGAAUCUAAGUCUUAUUUUGCCCCUAACUGUAGUGUUGCUAUUACCCAAGACCUAAGUCUAGUAAUGAACAGACUGGCUAUCAUUGUUAUGAAGUAGGAAUGUUUUAUUAAUAUAGAUAUAUUUUCAUCAAAACUUUUGCUUAUGAUAUUUUGGUUAAAUAGUAUCUUUGGAUACCAAUUCAUAAAGUGUCGUUGUGUAGAAACCCUAAACUUUAAUUGUUUUAUAAAGUGGCUUUUUAAUAUUUUGAACUAAAGGACAUGGAUUUGCACAGCUCAAUUGAAACACCUGAUAAAGUAAAGGCUGAUGCUCCUGUAUAUAUUGGUAAAGAAGAAGACAUAAAACAGUCCCAAAGAAUAACAGCCAGUGUCCAUGACAGAGAAGUUGUCGUUUUCUACCAUGAAGGGAAAUUUUAUGCCAUGGACCGUCGCUGUUACCAUGCAGGAGGUCCUUUAUAUCUUGGAGAGAUAGAGGAUAUCAAUGGACAGCCCUGCAUUAUUUGCCCUUGGCACAAGUAUAAAAUUACUUUGGCAACAGGAGAAGGCUUAUAUCAAGCAAUAAACCCUACAGAACCAUCAGCAACACCAAAAUGGCGAUCAAAAGGAAUAAAGCAAAGAACUCACAAGGUUACUGUAGACAAUGGAAGUGUUUAUGUGACUCCUUCGGACUUAUCUAUCAGCUGUGACUCUGAUUACUAUGCUGAUAAGUACAAAAAGACUGGAAGUUCUGAUAUGAAAAAAUAAUGUACAUCCUGAACUUCAAAAUCAGUGGCCAUAAUGCAAAAUACCAGUGUCUGUGUACAAGGCAUUAUCAGUAUAACAGAAUAUGCACAUUUUUUUCUAGAUAUUAAUAUAAAGAAAUACUAGUGUUAAUCUUAUUAAAGCAUUAAGUAAUGUAGAAAUGAGUAAGAUCAUAAACAAGUUCAAGACCCUCUCUAGAAUGAAUUAGCAUUGUGCCAGUGCAGUUUUACAUUAAACUUGUAUUUUAUUAAAGGCAAAUAUAUGUACAUUAGCCUAGUUUGCAAUAUUUGAAGUGUUAAAUCUUCCGUUGCUAGAGUUAAAAUCUUUUAACCUUUAGGAGGAGGAAUAUAAUAAUGCAUGUAAUUAGUUUAUAAAACCAUCUUGAAAUGUUAUAACUAUCCAUUGAAGGAAAUAAUUUUUUUAAUACAUUGAAAUUAUUAUAGUUCUAAACUACUUAAUGUAAUUGGGAGAUUUUUUUUAAUGUUGUUUGCAGGUCAGGAGAAAAAGCUUUUAUUUUAUCUUCUGAACACAUAGGACCAGAGUUUCAUAAAAUGAGGUACAAAGCACUUGUGUGUUGUAAUGUCCUUUUGCAUGGUUACUUUUGUGUGUGCAAUUACCCCACUUCUGUUCUAAAUAAGUACUUGUAUCUCCAUCAUGGUAGUGUCUGAGUGACAUUCCAAUAGUCAAUUAACCAACAUGACAAACGUCUAUCACAUGUGAAUUCUGUCAUCCUUUCCUCUGGAGGAAAACUGGGUGUGCAGUGUAGGAUUUUGUUUUUGGAUUAUUUUAAAAAUGUAAACACUUAGAAGGUAUCUUGGAUAAGGCAGUUCAGAGAAGUGUGUACCUAGUACUUGGAUCAGAAAGUGGCAGUUUGUGAUAGAGGCACUGUAGCAGUUCAUUCCAGAGUCUCAGACUAGUCCCUGAGAAAGCUGUGCCUCUUUGACAGAUGAGCUUUGCUCAUAUGGUAGAAAGUCCCAUUAUGUCUGAGGUUCAGAGUUGUCCAGCACAGUGCUUAUCCCAGAGCUUUAGGUGAUUUUUCAGACACUCUGGGGUCAGGCCAUUCAAGAUAAGGACCAAGACCUUGAACUUGAUUCAAUAUUCUGGGUGAAGCUAGUGUAGAGAGUGGAGCACAGGGCUGAUGUGCUUAUGGUAGCCAGUGUUAUUGAGAUGUGCUGCAAAGUUCGGUACUAGUUGGAGUUUCCUAGGCAUUGAAGGCUUCAGGCCCAGGUAUAUUGCAUUGUGGUGGUCCAGAUAGUUGCUGGUGAAGGUGUGAAUAACUGAAGGCAGGUCAUUGUCUGUCUACCAGGAUGGUACGGAAUCUCAUAGUCAACUGGAUCAAGUAGAAAGCAUUACUCAUGUUUUGUGUUAUGCAAAAGCUUAGCAUCAUUGAGAAAUCCAGGAACAUUCAUAAACUACAGAUUGACUUCACCAAUUAGGAACGUAUACCUUCAGUCAAAGGAAGGUAUUUGCACUGUUUCUGUAAAUUCUUCAUAGUGCUUUUCUCUGCCCACCAACAUAUUCUUUAUCUUGCUCAGCUUCUGCUUCAACUAACUAUUCAUCCAGGUGCUGAUCUAAUCAGAGUACUGGGCCAUCUUUGUUUUAGUGGUAUAGUUGAACCUGGUGAAGGAUGGUGUGACACUACACCCCAUAUUCUUCAUAGAAAUAUUGUUAUAUGAUUAUAGCAUAACUAUGUUUCUUGCAAGAUAAGGCAUGUGAGAUCAUUGAAAAGGUUAUGAUUUACUGGGCUGCUACAAACCACCUCUGACUCAUGGCAGUUUUGACAUUGCAGGGUCAUGUGAUUGUCACCUGGUACUGGACUCCAUGAUAGAAUACCAGUAUUUUUCCAGUGAGGGUGGUGGUGGCAGUAGGAACCACACCGGAAAACAAAGGAUUCAUGCCAUAUGUAAAACCUAUUUAAGGCUGGGGAGUGACUUAAUCAGCGUUCAUUCUUCACUGAAUCCCCACCCAGGAUGACUGCAGGAAACAUCUAAAAAACAAAGAAAGUGUGUGCGGGGAGGACUGAACCCAGUCUGAGAAGGUGUCUGGCCUGUGAAAAAUGCCUGGAGUUUCAAGCUGCAAGCAAGAGCAGCUUGCCUUCAAGAACCUCUGCAAUCUGCCCAAAACAAUAUUUAGGGUGAGAAACUACUUCUUGUAACCAGGUUUUUGGUAUCUUAAGCUUAUAUUGCAUUUUUGUUUUAUUUGCCGGGUAAUCUGCUUUGAUCCCUUAGAUUUUAAAUGAUUAUAUCCUUUGUAGUUAAUAAACUUGUUUUUCUUUUCUCUGAAGCCAGUUUGUGGAAUUCAUAACUGGAGGGGACGAAAGUUUGUGUCACUAAGAAAUUUAAAUGCUAUAGAACAUGGCACUAAAAAUAUUCAUAGUAAGGCCCUCAGCCACAACUGUUCUGAGGGACAUGGCUAUUGAAAGAAAAAUCUAGCUAAGGAACACUGAAGAUAUUAAGCUAUUUGUAUUAAUUAUUUGAUUAACAAAUAGAGAAUGUAAAUUCUGUAUAUGUUAAGUGUCUUUGUUUAAACAUUCAAUGCACUAACAAAAAGCUCACAAGCCUGUUUGAGCUUCAGUUCCACUACUAAGUACUGUAUCUUGAUCCAGUGCAGAAUGUAGGAUGUGAAUGGUGCUCUUAGUUGAAUCUUCAACAGGAAAUUUAGAAAAUACUUGCUUCUCUGGAGAGGGUACAGCGUAACUUGCUAAAUCUUCAUAUUUGGAGAAUACAUCUUUUUCGUCCUCAUUCUCAGCGUUUUCUCUUGAGGUCUUUUCUUCUUGAACAAUGUAUUUUAUUUUCCCUAGUACUGUGUUAAUAGAGACUGCCUACGUAUAAUAAAGAUACAGAGUUUAGUUGAAGAAAA